CUGAAAACUCUCAUUAAAUGAUUUUAUCUUGAAUCUAUGAAUAAAUAAUUAAUUAAAAGGUUUUACAAAUGGUAUUAAUUGUGUGGCAUUUACAAUUGAUAUAGUAGUUACAAGAGAAAAUUAAGAACAAAUAUAGGUAUUUGCAUGUAAAUGGCUCGUAAACUUACUUCUAUAACCUGUUAUCACAGGCACCGUUUCGGGCGUCUCAUCAAAUCAAUGUUGUAAUUUUUAACAUUACUCAUAAAUAAGAAAUCCCGCCAAUUUAUGUCGGCUGCGAAUUCUUAAUGAUGAAUUUUAAUCAAGGCCUUAUGAAAAUGAAAGAAAUUGAAGAUAAUAAAUCAAAGCCAACUCCUGUUGCAAUGGUAGCACCCGAACUAAAACAGAAUGCUGAAGCCGAUACUGAAAUAACGAAAAAUUGUGCAGUUUUGGGAUGUGAGGAAUCGAAAUCUUUAAACUCUGAUUCAUUCUUUAGAUUUCCAGAAGAUGCAAACCUAAGACAAAUCUGGACGGACCUGACGGGCAGAAACAACUGGACACCUACUGACUAUUCAUACAUUUGUGUGCAACACUUCUCAGUCGAUUGUUUUGAAUGUGAUGCGGAAAAUAGGGUUGUACUCAUAAGCAAAGCUGUACCUUCAUUGAAACUACCUAAUCAUGUUUUAGAGGUGGAGUACAUUGAUGAGGAAACAUUAGACAAUGACGAUGAUGAUGAUGAGGAAUAUGAAAUGGAUUCAGAUGAGGAACAGUAUAAUAAAUCAAAUAAAAAUCAUGUAACAAACUCAAAUGACAAAAACAUUUCCGAAGAAGAAAAUGUUGAGUUGUUGAAACUAUUCACAGAGGUCCAAAGGAUGCAACGUCAAGCAAUCGGCCUUAGAGACAAGUUGAAAACUAAUAUGAGAAUAUAUAACAGACAGAAUAGAUUUCUAGGUCGUUUGAAAAAAGUUAUAGAAACUAAAAAGAAUCUAUUGAACCAGAAGAGAAAGAAAAAGUCGAGAAUUCUCCUUUCUUUGCAAGAUAAAAUCAAAGAGGAUACAAAUGGAUUGGUGUUGGCAAUGCCGACCAGACAUACGGACGAUUUGAAGAAUUUUGCACUUAGUAUUUAUAAGUAUUCACCUCAAGCAUACAUUUAUGUUAGAAAUACACUUCGGACAUUGUUACCAAGUACAGAUGUGCUCGAAUCUUGGGUGAACUCUGGCUUUGAACCGAAGAAUGUUAUAUCAGGCAGUACAAUGUUAAAAGUGGUAUCAGAACAGACUGAAUCAGAACUUUCAUGCAAAGUGUCAUUACAUUAAGAACAUUUAAAAUUUAGGUUCAAUCUAUUUCCUCGACAAAAAUAAAAUAUUUUUCAAUGA